AUGCAGGUAGAUUUCCCCCUGCUGAGCAGUCUUGCCAUGGCGAGUUUAGCUUUUACUGCAGGUCGUCGUCCAUCUAUAGGAUUAGAUAACCUCUUUGUGACUUGUCUUGAUAGGAAUCUGGAAAAUCUUAGCUUGGGAGACGCAGCCCUACGUGCCGCUGUUUUUGCGUCACAUUUCGACGCCCACCGUCACCUCUCGCUGCUCUAUAAACAACCUCUCAUAACCAUUGAGGCAGAACGUGAUCUGCGCACUGGUCACUCUGCUUUAUUUUACUCUUCGGCCGUUAUCAUCAUCCCGAUCAUGUGCCUCGUAAAAUUCUUGAAAUGCAAAGUCUAG